AUGCAUCGGCCAGCCAUCGCUCAAUUGGCCAAAUAUGGGGGCCUUGCCCUGGCUGAAUUGCCCCCGCCAUAUCUGGCACCCUCCCUCCAUUUCUCGAUGACUCGAUCCACCCAAUCCUCGAGCUUCUCCACGACUACUCCCGUUGCCGCUGGCCGAGGACGCGACUUGAACCGAACUCGCGGUGUAUCAGCUAUUCACCGUACCGGUCCACGAUUCAAGCUUGGUGUUUCCAAGUACCCAUUGCCGAAACCUGUGGCAGCUGAUUCCUUGCCUCCCCGAAGCAAAAACCCCGACCAUGGACUUUGGGGAUUCUUCCCUCCAUCGCGUGAGGCAAUGAGUGAACCAGAUUUCGAUCAAGCCCACGGUCGCCCAUGGGCUGUUACCGAACUCCGCGACAAGAGCUGGGACGACCUUCACAGACUUUGGUGGGUCUGCAUCAAAGAGCGCAACCGUAUCGCUACCUCGAAUCUGGAGAGAAUGCGCCUGAAGGCUGGAUAUGGAGAACACGAAUCUGAGAGCCGGGACAGAGCUAUCGUCAUUACCAUGAAGAGCAUCAAACAUGUGUUGCGUGAGCGCUGGUACGCUUGGGAGGAAGCACAGCGUCUGUAUGAGCAGGGAGCUCGCCCGGAGUACGAAGAUGUUAUGGAGUCCGAGCCUGAGACCUCCAAGCCCUAA